UCUGCGCUAGUGCGCACGCGCAGACCCUGAAAGCGGAACCUUGCACAGAGAGACCACAACUCCCAGAGUGCUCCGCGUCCUCGCCGGUGUCGCCGCCGAGACCAAGAUGGUUGCGAGACUCGGCGCCUUCCUCAAGAAUGCCUGGGACAAGGAGCCAGUGCUGGUCGCGUCCUUCGUCAUCGGGGGCCUCGCUAUAAUUUUGCCCUCAUUCAGCCCCUACUUCAAGUACUCCAUCAUGAUCAACAAGGCCACGCCCUACAACUACCCAGUGCCCGUCCGUGAUGAUGGGAACAUGCCGGAUGUGCCCAGCCACCCCCAGGACCCUCAGGGCCCCAGCCUGGAGUGGCUGAAGAAACUGUGAGCACCUUUACUGACAGAGGCGGCCCCUCCCACGGCUCCCAAUAAAAAUGUGGAAACCAA